AUGGAGGCCCACCGGAGUCGUCUGCUGACCACAGCUCGUCCUUAUCUUCAGGUUUUUUCCAUAUUUGGACUCAUACCUCCGCCAAUAUUUUUUGACAGGACAUUGCCCAAGGAACUUAGGCGUAACUUAAUGACCGGAUAUGUCGGUUAUGCUUUCGCAAUUCUUCUGGUUGUCAUCUAUGAGUGCUAUGCCAACAUUAUGGCUCUUCAAAUUCAUAUUGAUCAGUUUCACGCCGAGGACUUUAGCAAAGUUAUGGGGAAAGCGGCAAAGAUUAUUGUGGUCGUAAUGGCUGUUUCUAACCAGCUCAAUAUGUUGCUAAGCUUUCGUCGCCUUAAAGAAAUAUUCGAAGAUAUUGCUGAUCUAGAGGUGGAGUUAGAAGACAUUUCCAAAUGUUUCAGUGGAAAGCGACACUGGUGGAACUUCCGAUUCCGUUUAGCGAUUUGCAUAGGACUUUGGACCGUGCUUCUUGUGGACCUAGCACCACGUUUAAUAUUGGUGGGACUGGGACCCUUCCUCCACUGGGCAAACAAAUUUCUCACCGAAAUCAUACUGCUGAUGCUUCAACUCAAAGGACCGGAAUAUAGCCUUUUCGUGCUUCUGAUCUAUGAGUUGAUCCUUCGAGUGCGUCAUAUCAUGGAACAGGUCUAUACUGAACUUGAGGAUUGCGAUUGCAGCGACAGGAUUCAGGAGCUGUGUGUGACCUUGAAGCGAAAUCAAUUGGUGGUCGGUCAAAUCUGGAGGUUGGUGGGUGAGAUUGGCAAAUAUUUCACCCUAUCUAUGACGCUGCUGUUCCUCUACAAUGGACUUACCAUUCUGCACAUUGUCAACUGGGCCAUCAUAAAGUACAUCAAUCCUAGCGAUUGCUGUCAAUAUAUGAGAGUUGGGGCCAGUAUUUUACUAUCAAUCAAUCUACUGCUGGCCUGCUUUUAUAGUGAAUGCUGCAUUAAAGCUUACAAUAGCAUUCCACAAAUUCUACACAAAAUGGGUUGCCGACCUAUAGCUGAAGAAUUUUCAAUGCUUAAAAUGGGACUUCGAGAAUAUUCCUUGCAAAUGCAACAUCUGAAGCUCCUUUUCACUUGCGGCAGCUUAUUCGACAUUAAUCUUAAAUACUUUGGAGGGAUGAUGCUCACCAUUUUUGGUUACAUAAUUAUUUUAGUUCAAUUUAAAAUACAGGUUUUUGCAGACCUUAAAUACAAUCAAAAUUUUAGCCAAAUUUAA